AUGAUUGUGUCCGAAAACCUGCGUACGGCGUCGCUGUACAUCAACAACCAGCUACUGUCUAGAGGCCUGCUGCGCGACGGCCAGAACAUCGACUUUACCAACCCGGGGGAGAGCGAGGAGGAAAUGGGCGAGACCAUGAGCCGGAUCAUGUCGGUUGUGAAUGACUUGAUUUUGCGCCGCGAUCGCGAUGCAGAGCACCGUGAAUCUCUCUCCGCUACUCUCCGCACGCUGCGCGCCGAGUCCCUCCGACAAGCCAACGACAUCCAGCGCCUGCAAGAAAAGAACGCAGAGGCCCAGCGCAAAGCUGGCCUGAGCGACGCUGCCGAAACUGCUCUGAGAGCGCACAUCAAGACGGCCGAGGCGACGAUUCACCGCCUCAAAGAAGAGGCUGCGAGGACGAAGUUGCUGGCCGCCCAAACACGAUCUGCCUGCGCCACAGAGGUCCGCAAGAGGGACCGCCAGAUUGAGGGGCUGAAAAAGGCGGUAACAGAAGCGGCUAGAGCGAGAGGCGCUAGCAAGAGCCCAGGUGUCACCUCCAUCACGGUGGUUGGCGAUAUCGGCGCCGAUGAACAGGGCAACCCAUUGCCUCCCACGCCCACGACGACGGCCAGUAGCAGUGAUGGGUAUGAUCUCCGUCAGGAAACAAACUCGUUCCUCGCUGAAUUGGCCAAGGGGCUGAGCGAAGAGAAUGAGGGGCUUCUGACUCUAAUCAGGAGGACGACGGAACAGUUGAAGGACAUGAGCGGCUGGGACGGUGGAAUGGUAGACAGUGACGGGUAUGCUCUGUCGUUGCCCACCGGUUACGAUGACAUGGCCGCUGAGAUUGAGGCUGUCCUUGAACAUCUGAGGACGAUCCUUACCAACCCAUCGUUUGUGCCGAUUGAGGAAGUGGUGGUGAGAGAAGAUGAGAUCAACAGGUUGCGCGACGGGUGGGAGAAGAUGGAGACGCGAUGGAAAGAGGCGGUCCAUCUUAUUGAUGGCUGGCGGAGGAGAAUGCAGGCCAGUGGGCGGCCCGUUAAUGUGGAGGAGCUCAAGAUGGGCCUGCGCCUUAGUCCGGUCAAGGUUCAAAACGUGGAAGAGACGGCUCAAGGUGGGCUAGGACUGCAAUUGGAAUCUGUCCAUGAGGGCCAUGAGAGUUAUCGUCAUGAUCAAGUUGACUACCAGGACGAGGACGAGGGUCCUUUGGAGUUGGUGCCUGAGGGUGGCAUGGAGGAACAGGACGACAGCGAUACUUCGAGUGUCUUUGAAGACCAGCAGAUUGAUAUGGACGAGUUGGAUGUUGAGGAGCCUAACGUUGAGAUCCUUCAGCAGUCGGUCGUGAUGCCCUCGCCUCCCGUCGCUCCGGCCCCCCAGCCCAGCCCGUUGCGCGAACAUUUUUCGGCCGGAAACAAGGGUGGAAGAGACGGCCCCAAUUUGAGGAGACGUCCAAAGUUUGCCGAGGAAGGCGUCCGGAGCCGACCCCUUUCUGAAGAAUCGCCGUUACCACCUCCCCAUGCCGACAGACCCCAGCAAUCACCAUCCAAGAAGCCGCUAUUAUCAGUACGGACCGUGCCUUCUGAGGAAACUGGCACGGCUGCGCAACCGCCUUCCGCGGCCGUCUCUACACCUGAUACAUCUAUCUCUCUGGACAGCGUCUCGUUGCCCAAGGCCGCCGCGGCGGAAUCGAAGAGUGCAGUCACGAAAAAGUCAGCGCCAACGCCCCCACCGCAUGCGACAAGACCAAUCAAGAAGCCAUCCCCUGCCCCGAGACCAGUGAGGGUAACACGAAAACCUCCAUCUCGGCAACAAGAGCGGGAAGAGAAGAAAACUAGUACUACCAGCACCACCACUACCCGACAGCAGCAACAGGAAAGCGAAGCCAGGCAGAAAAAGGUCACUUCCCGGCCCCCCGUAACACGUCCCACCAGACCACCCAUCACCCGUGGACGCUCAGAGACCCGCAAAGGGGACAGCGAUACCUCCAAGCCCUCCAAGCCAACCGCCCGCAACACCUCCGCUACCUCGACCACCUCUACCCGAUCCGCGCCAGUCUCAUCGAGCUCCAAGACCUCUAUCCCGCCCAACCCAGAACCAGCGCCCGGAAAAUCCCCUCGCCGCGUGAACUCUCGCCUUCCCCUCCCACGUAACGCUGGCAGCAGCGGAAGUAAUAAUUCCGCCUGCGCAGCUGGUACCGCCACUAAUAACGGCCCGGUAUUGCAACCCCCUCAGUCUCCAACACAAGCCCAGCAAUCCCCUCUUUCCAUGGCGACCAUUCAAGCCAAGCUUGCCGCUUCGGAACGCGAUGCUGAUGCGGCCCGCGUGAGAGCCAAACUCAAGGCAGCAAGGAAGGGCAUCCACCUCCCAGGUCCCGGCUCAGGUCGGGUUACAGCAGAGAAUAGCAUGCCCAACACACCUACCGAAACAAUGUCGAUCAAGAGUAUGAGAUCGGAGCAGAGCGACUACAUUCAGUAUCAGCCUGAGCAGUACGACGAUGGUGAGGAUGAGCUCGGCUUCUCGGCUGUCCAGCCUCAUCAGGUCAUCCAUGCAGAGAAGCCACGCAAACGGGAGAGGAAUUAUGGAGAAGCUGUGACGGCACGGAAGACAAGCGACAAGGUGGCAAGCCGGAGAAGGAGUACUUUGAACCCAUGGGAGCUGGAGACGUUGAUAAAGGGUGGAAAUGCCGAGUAG